AUGCCUAGAGACAACCAAACAACCGGCGGCAGCAAAAUAAGUCUCACAAACUGGCUAAAACCAAAGAAAUCCCGUCUAAGACUCCGCAAACGAGCCACUGAAGGUGCUGGAGGAGCAGAGGCUCUUACAUCAGCUAGUUCAACAACAUUGGCCAGUAUCAAAACCACCACAACACAAUACUCAUAUUUCAAAAGCGAGCAUGACAAUCAUGACGAUGUCCCGCCCUUACCGUCAAUUGCACCCCUUCAAGCCCAUCGGGCAAAAUAUCAAGUCCGCAAUGCGGGACUUGAUACGCAAUUGGGCGAGAAUAUAGAUUAUACGACUCUCUUACAUUCCAUGAGUCUGCAGGAAGGAUUUGAGUCGGAUGAUUCACUCUAUUACCUGGCUGAUGGGAAUCGGCCUCGAGGCGAGAAUGCAAUUGCCAGUUUGCCGGAAGCAAUAUGGUGCCGAAUUGCGGAUUUACUGGACCCAAAGACAGCGGUUUGUCUUGCCUUAGCCAACAAGACGUUAUAUACCCGACUAGGUCCGCGGCAAUAUCUAGACCGACUGAACAACAAACCCGAAAACUUCCAACAUAAACUCGAGUUUUUGACCUUGCUGGACCGAAACUUGCCAUAUCACCUCCUCUGCAUCCCUUGCGCCAAAUACCAUCGACGCAUCAGGAUCGGCUCGGAGAAACUACAACCAACGCACAUGCAAGUGCUAAACCCGGUAUUUAACUGUCCCCAAGAACGCAAUGCGCUCAAUCCACCUGCUCGACACCGCAUUGCCCAUGGACGGAGUAUACCAUUCACAUUCGUGCAACUAACCACUCGCGCGCAUUGCUUUGGCUCACUGCGGUACGGUCUAAAACCCGAAAGCUUGGGUAGGCGAUGGCGAUAUUCUGAGCCCGGCGGCGCGGGCACAUGGAGCGUUUCGACGCGGUACCAUAUCCACGAAAACCGCCUCUUGAUGCGCGUCAUAAGCCAGUGUUUUGCUUCUCCUGGUCUUCCGCCUACGGGCAAGAGACUCCUGCUGUAUUCACGCGAGGAUUACUGGCCUUUCUUCUCAGUAUGCCCCCACUGGCGCGACGGGGAGUUGAUGGACGUCUGUAAAUGCGCGCUCGAUCACAUCCCUGUUCCUCGCAAUACGGCCGGCUUGCAAGGCGUAGAGCACAGGUUCAAAGACUCCAUCCACGGGCGCGGCAAAUUUGAUCCGUACGCGAUCCCGAGUCAGUGUGGGAAAUGUCAGCCUAUGAGGCGGUGUCCGCGGUGUCCGACUGAGUACUUGAUCGAAGUGAAGCUCUCGGAAGAUACAACCCCUGACGAAAAUCGACCUGGUAGCAGUGCUGGGAGAAAAGGGGAUGUGAGAUUCAGACACGCCAUCGUCGUCACGCGCUGGAGUGAUUUAGGCGAUGGCUCGACGCCCGCUUCGUCCGUGGAAUGGGCGGCUUGUAAUGGCAACACCGAUCUCGAACAAUAUGAUUCUUUUGAGAGGUUGGGCAGAAGAGGAAUAUCGGGAAUCUUUGAGUCGGCCUUUACGCAUGAUACGAUCCCUGGGAGGAGGAUUAUUUCUAUGAAUCCGGAUAAUAAGACCGGCGGGGAGAAGAGGAAUGAUUGGUAUUAA